UUUAAAAAGUCACACAAUCCCAGCAAACCCAAGUCGUUUGACAGAGCAGCCUGUGGCAAAACUGGAGAUCCUUACUCUCUGGCUGCUGUUAGCACGCAACCAGAAUCUGUGACGAACCAAGCGACGUUUCAGCCCUAGAUGCAGAACCAGGACGGCCCAACGUUCUCACACAUCUAUUCUAGCAGCCUAUCUUCCCGUUUAAAGAGAACCAAUCCCAGUAUGCAUUGCAAACAAUGAGUUGGUUGCGUAGAAACCACAUGACCCAGCAUGACGUGCUCCCCAGGAAACUCGGGAGAAAGACUUGAGACGCCUUGCAUCCUGGAAGUUGUAGUCCAGGGCAGUGGCCCGCCCCUCGUGCCUCUUCAGCGACCUGCGUGAGGAGAAAAGCCUACUGGGUGGCCCCGCCCGGCCCGAGCCCAGAGAGCGACACCGCCCUCCCACUUUCGCCCCUGGCUCCGCCUCUCCGAAUCCUUCCUGCGGCCCAAAAUGGCGGCGGGGGUGGAUUUUGGCGACCUAGAGCUGUUCGAGGCGUUCGACCACCCGGAGGAGUCAAUGCCGAAGCCUGUUCACACCCGUUUCAAGGACGACUACGGCGAUGGCGACGAGGAGGACGAGAACGUGGCGGAUGACGCCGAGCUACGGGAGCGGCUUCGGCAGUGCGAGGAAACCGUCGAGCAGCUCCGCGCGGAAAAUAAAGAACUUAAAAGAAAAUUGAACAUUCUGACUCGACCAAGUGGAAUAUUGGUGGACAAUACUAAGUUAGAUGGACCUUUAUUGCAGAUUCUUUUUAUGAACAAUGUUAUUUCAAAGCAAUAUCAUCAAGAAAUAGAGGAAUUUGUAUCAAAUUUAGUCAGAAGAUUUGAGGACCAGCAGAAAAAUGAUGUGGAAAAGACUUCCUUUAAUCUUUUGCCCCAGCCAUCCAGUGUUAUGUUAGAAGAGGAUCAUAAAGUAGAAGAGUCUUGUGCUGUUAAAAACAACAAGGAAGCUUUUAGUGUUGUAGGAAGUGUCCUGUAUUUUACUAAUUUUUGCCUUGAUAAAUUGGGGCAACCGCUACUAAAUGAAAACCCUCAGCUUACCGAAGGAUGGGAAAUACCCAAGUACCAGCAAGUCUUCAGCCACAUUGUUUCUCUAGAAGGGCAAGAAAUACAAGUAAAGGCAAAAAGGCCAAAGCCUCACUGUUUCAAUUGUGGUUCUGAAGAACAUCAGAUAAAAGAUUGCCCAAUGCCCCGUAAUGCUGCGCGAAUAAGUGAAAAACGGAAAGAGUACAUGGAUGCCUGUGGUGAGACAAACAAUCAGAAUUUUCAGCAGCGAUACCAUGCUGAAGAGGUCGAGGAGAGAUUUGGAAGAUUCAAACCUGGAGUUAUUAGUGAGGAACUUCAGGAUGCUCUGGGGGUGACUGAGAAAAGUCUUCCACCCUUUAUAUAUCGAAUGCGCCAGCUGGGAUACCCACCUGGGUGGCUUAAAGAGGCGGAGUUGGAGAAUUCAGGACUUGCACUCUAUGACGGACGAGAUGAUACAGAUGGGGAAGCAGAAGCGGGGGAAGUGAAGCAGCAUCAGAGUGUCACUUAUGACCUCUCAAAAUUGGUGAACUACCCAGGUUUCAACAUUUCUACUCCCAGGGGAAUUCCAGAUGAAUGGAGGAUGUUUGGUUCCAUACCAAUGCAGGCAUGCCAGCAGAAGGAUGUGUUUGCCAGUUACCUGACUUCUAACAUCCAUGCGGCGAGCAUGAGGUCUAGUGGCAGCAAGAGGUCUUCAUCCCAGUCUAGUCCUGGGAGUCCAAAGAAGCAGAAGAAGGAAACCAGUUCAGCAGCAUUGCCCGUGGACAUGGAGCUCAACUCUGAUGUAGAGCACCAGCAGGGCUCUCUGGGUGGGGAAGCUUUUCAGUUUCAGCCCCCACUGCCCCGGGAAACUCCACCACCUAUCUUCAAUCCUCCGCUGCCCAAGGGCACCCCGCCACUGACUCCCAGUGACUCACCCCAGACCAGAACAGCGUCUGCAGCCAUGGACGAAGAUGCUCUGACUCUGGAAGAACUAGAAGAGCAACAGAGGCGAAUAUGGGCAGCCCUGGAGCAGGCAGAGAGUGUGAACAGUGAUUCUGAUCUUCCUAUGGACACACCCUUGACUGGGAAUUCGGUUGCUUCUUCCCCUUGUCCAAAUGAGCUAGACUUGCCUGUCCCGGAGGGAAAAACCUAUGAAAAGCAGAUGCCAGAUGAGCCUGAGUUCACGAACACUCAUGCAAAGAAAUCAGAAAUGGAACAGUCCUUGAGUCCGGAUUCUGAGGCUGCAGUGCCUUGUGAGAAGGAAGAGGAGGCGUCUGCUCAAGUGGGCGCUAAAGAUGCUUGUCUUGGUAAUGGCAACGUUGUACUAAACUGUGAUAUGCAGAAUGGAGGCAACCAGAAAGACCUUCAUGUGGACACCAGCCCCUCAAUGGCCACUAAAAUUCACAGUCCUGUACCUGACAUGAGCAAGUUUGCGACUGGAAUAACACCAUUUGAAUUUGAAAAUAUGGCAGAAUCUACUGGAAUGUAUCUGAGGAUAAGAAACUUGUUAAAGAACUCCCCUCGAAACCAGCAAAAAAACAAAAAAGCUUCUGAAUAACUGUUUGACAUAGCACCAAGAGUUAUUUAAUUGUAACUUUGUGUUCUGUUAACUAGUAGACAGACAAAUUGUCUUCUCAUUGCCCCUCCCAUGUUUAAAAAUCCAUCCAAGGCUUAAUUGUGAUCUAAAGUCAGGCCAAUGUUGAAGAACGGGAAAACUGGGCUUGCUGGUUCACUGUGUUUUAUUCUCACUGAUAAAAACUUGGGGUGGUGGAGGGAGGGGUGCGGGAUAUAAAUACGUGCUGGUUUCCGGAUAGUUUCUUGAGAUUUAUACUAUUUUUGGAGUGUGUCAGGAAUGAUGGUUUUAUCUGUCUUUUGUACAUUGUUUUCCCUUUCUACGUUUUGCUAAUUACCCUGUAUAUAAGUUUAAUAUAUCACUUUUUAAAAGAAAAAAUUCUAACCAUUUUAAAUUCAUAUUUCAACUCUGGUAACCAAAUGAAAAUCAGGGAUGAGCCGCUUUGCCCCAUUUGGGGUAUUUUUUUGUAAGUGAUUUACAUACAUCAGUUUUAAUAACACUUUUACUUUUUGUAACUUCAUUCUUCAUAUGAGCUUGCUAUAAAGGUAUGUUCAUCUUUGUGUACAAGGUUUAAUAAAUUAGUUUUCACAUACAUAAUCUAAGACUUUGAAUAUAAAAAGGCGAUUGACAGUGUAUAUGAACCAUUUAAGUUGGAAGUAAAUCAUGUGGUUGCAAAAAUUAGUGGUAGCGAAAGUUAAUAAAAGAAAUUGCAAGUCUGGGUCUUUUCAGUGAAUUUCAGCCUUAAAUAUAGAAAUAGCAGCAUCUUUUAUUAGAGUAAUUAUUUUGGGAAAUAAUGGAGAGCAGCUAACCUUUGUACAAAAGUUUUUUGAGAGUUGGACCCCUAAGGUAUUAGUGAAAAAUAAAAAGAAGACAUAAAUAAUUUUAAUCAUUAACUAUACGAGAUGAGACUGUUCUUUUUUUGUCUUUAUGUGGAAUUACAUCUCUAUUG